AAGUUGAUGUGUGGAAUGCAAAGGCCUGUUUUCCCCGUUGAGCCCUUGUUAUUUGAAGCAUCUAGUUCAUAUGGAGCAGCUCUGAAACCAAACGCGACGAUAAACACCUUUGUGGUGAUUAUAAAUACACGCCAUGUCUUGCAGAGCCUGUACUCCGCACGUGCAGACGCCCCGCCCACUUGGCGCGUGCGCGUGCUGACAUCACGUGUGGAGGCACGAGCUCACCGUGCGGAAAAAUACAACUGCACGAGUACAGAUACACACACUAUAAGAAAUAUAAACAUCGAGAAGGAGAAGCAGGGUUCGACUGGCGAUGCGACGUCAGGGGGCGGUGAUGGUUCCGGGGGCGUCUCCGCCUCGCUCACGCCCACCAUCUGGGACAAGACCAUCCCGUACGACGGCGAGACCUUCCACCUGGAGUACAUGGACCUGGACGAGUUCCUGCUGGAGAACGGGAUCCCCGUCACGCUGGAGGAGGAGCUGAGCAAGAGCCUGGAGGCCGAGCGGCAAGCGAAGGAGGACGACCCACAGAUCACACCAAAUACACUUACAAACACACAGAUACCUGAGGAGGAGCAGGACGGGGGAGACGAGGAGGAGGAGGACUCGCUCUCUGUGAGCAAUGAUGAGACGACAACAGACUCGCUCUGUUUGUCCCCGGCAGACUCCAGAGACGAGCCGGAGCGCGUGACGCCGCCCCCGAUGGACCCCGAGGAGAUCGAGGUGAACAUCUCCUUCCAGCCGGACCCCACAGACCUGGUCCUGUCCAGCGUUCCCGGAGGAGAGCUCUUCAACCCGCGCAAACACCGCUUCUCCGAGGACGAGCUCAAGCCACAGCCCAUGAUCAAGAAGGCCAAGAAAGUGUUCGUUGCCGAAGAUGCCAAGGAUGACAAAUACUGGUGUCGGAGGAAGAAGAACAACGUGGCGGCGAAGCGCUCGCGGGACGCCCGACGCCUGAAGGAGAACCAGAUCGCGGUGCGCGCCUCGUUCCUGGAGCGGGAGAACGCAGCGAUGCGCCGCGAGGUGGCCGAGCUGCGGAAAGACUGCGGCCGCUGCCAGAAGAUCAUGUCCCUGUACGAGGCCAAGUACGGUGCGCUGUGAGGGACACACUUCACCCGGACACUCAUCACUCACUCCGUGGCCGACGCCAGCGUUCAAUAGUGUUUCAAACAAGAUCUAACAGAGAAAGGGCACCAUAUAAGAUACCACAGCAUGACCUUUGACCCCUCAUACCUCAUCCACGACCCCCAGUGUGGCCCGAGUUUAGAGCUAAUUCAGUUUGGUGACGCCAACGUGGGCUGAACGGGGGGGAAAAGGGGCGUUCCAGUCCAUAAGGCGUAAAAAAACGAGAGUCUGAGAGCGUUUGGUCCGAGUAGCCGUGACCUCGCGGCUCGUUUCGGCUAGUUUUGAGUGCGCGCUCUCCCCUUGUUUGCACUCGACACAUUGUUUAUGUUUGUGUACAGGAGGUUCGUUGAGGAAAACACGAUAUAAACCUUAUUUAUUCCAGAGUCGAGUGCAGAUCGACGACACCGAGAGACGGGAGUCUGUAAAUAAAUCCAUGUUUCUUUGCUCUUCCAGGCGGGUCUCAUGAUGUGAAUGGGACGUUUUUGAGCACUCGGGUGGUUGGGUUUUAACUGUGAGUGAGGAAGCAAACUGGAUCUGUUUUGUUUUCAGGGUUUAAUCCAGGGCAAUAAUACGGGACUCAUCUUUACCUCAGAUUAGAUGGAUCUAACAAGUGGACGUUUUUAUUGGUUUUGACUUAAAAUGUCGGCGUUACGUUUCAGUCACAAAACACAAGCAGUUUCUGUGCAAGGGGUCUUUUUAUUCUAAUCAAUAAUGCAUUCAAUAUUGCAUUUUUAAUGCAUUGAUAAUAAUAAAAAUGCAUUUUUAGAUAAAUCGUGGUAUAAAUGUGAUUGUUUUUUGACAUUAGUCGCACUAGUUUUAAGCUGGUUUUUCAAAGGGACGUUUUUUUAAAUGGCAAAAAGUCAUAAUGUGCUUCCAGUGUUUUAUGGAUUUUGAUAGAUUAUUAGUUAUGUUCGUGGUUUGUUUUCAGUGCUCAUGAAAGUCAUGACUACAAAGUGCUUUUUUUUUUGAAGGAUCUAUGAAAACAUUUUUAUUUUCAUAUAUAUGUAUGUAAAUGCAUUUUAAAAGCAAAUCAGGAUUGUGUUGCUGUAAAACGGGUGACAAGCACUUACAGGCAAAAAUAUCGCAUAUUAACGGGUCGUUAGUGCAUGCUGAUGUCAUAGUGAUGUCACAGUGGGCGUGUCCUCUUCCGUAUAAACUGUCUCAUAUUUUGGUAUUUUUGUUGUGUUUUAAAUGAGCGUAGAGUGCUGCUCUUUUUUACUCCUGUUUGAUUUAAUUUCACUCUUCAAAUCAAACAAUACAAACCUUUCUCCUGUCAGUCACUGUUUUUUUUUAAUGAAGUUUGAAUUUCUAGGCCGAUUUUAUUGAUUUAAAUUGAAUUGUGACGUUAGUUUUCAUUUAAAUCUGUUACAUAAACGUCAGACUCUAUAAAGCUCAAAGGUAGCAAACUCGUUUUUGUCUGUAAUAAAAACAUACUUUUAAAAAUAUGUUUUUUUUUUAAAACAGUGAUGUGUUGUUUUUAUAAAAAGACACUUUUCUCGUGUUAUGCAGUAUGUUAUGAGUAUGACUGUAUCUUGUGUCAUGCAUAUUAAUAAAGGAAGAUAUAAAUGACUUAA